UAGCGGCGGGAUAGCUGUGUGUUUGUUAGCUGCCGAGCUUCUAGGUGAGUUGUUUCGGAGACAGAGCUCCAGACCAAUGGGAGACAGCGACGACGAAUUCGACAGGAGGAGGCGGGACAAGUUCAGGAGAGAGAGGAGCGACAUGGAGCGGUCGAGAGAGAGAGAGGAGAGGAGGAGGGACGACUGGCCCGACAGGGACUGGGACCGCGGCAGAGAGAGGAGGAGGGAUUACGACCGUGGUCGUCGGGAGCGGUUUUCUCCGCCGCGACACAUCAGCCCUCAGCACAAGCGCAUGAGGAGGGAGUGGGACGACCACCGGGGGGGCGAGCCGUACCGCUUCGACAUGCCGUACGGGGGGGGCGGGGCUCCGUUUCAGGGGGGGGGGCCGCCGGGCUGGCACCCCGACCUCCCCCGCCUCCACCCGCACCACGGAGGACACCCGCUGCAGGCCAGGUUGGGGAUGAUGGAUCCAGACCUCCCCCCCCCAGGUCCUCCCACCAUGCGGAGCUUUAAGGAGUUCCUGCUGAACAUGGAGGACAGCGUGGACGAGACGGAGUCGGUGAAGCGCUACAACCAGUACAAGCUGGACUUCCGGCGACAGCAGCUCCAGGACUUCUUCCUGCAGCACAAGGAGCACGAGUGGUUCCGCUCCAAGUACCACCCUGAUGACAUCACGGCGAGGGGGGCGGAGUCUCUGAGCGCGCUCAAAACCCGAUUGGCCGUCUUCAUGUUCCUGCUGGACAACGGUUGGCUGGACGACGUGGCGCUGGACAUGGAGCACGCGCCCGCCAUCAUCAAGCUGUUGGACGCAGCCGUGAUAAAGAUGGAGGGCGGGACGGACUUCGACCUGCAGGUUCUGGAGGUUCCGACGGCCGCGUCCGGCGGCGAGGCGAACAGCACCGCCGGCGCUAAGGCUAUCCCCCCCGUCCCCCCCGCCGCCUCGGGAGACAGGAGUCUGGGGGACGCAGGCGGUCCGACGGGCUCGGAGACGGCGGGGAGUCGGACGGAGACGGCGCCCAGAGAGAAGGGCGGAGACUCGGAGAAGGACGGCGAAGAGGACGCCAAGCAGAACGGAGAGAAGGAGAAAGAAGAAGGGGAGGAUGGCGAGGAGGAGGACGAGGAUGAAAAGAAGGAUGAAGACGAAGAAGAAGAAGAAGAGAAGACGACUAAGAAGGGCAGGAAGAGGAAGCGCAGCGUGUCGGUGGACAGCGGCGAGGGCAGCGCCUCCGACACGGACUCCUCCGACGGAGACAAGGACGAAGACGAGGAGAAGGACGAGGACGAGGAGAAGGACGACGAUGACGAGGACGGAGAGAACAGUAAGAACACCUUCAUCGCUCGGAGACGUUCUGGAUUAUGA